UCCACUCCACGUAUGAAUUUCCGUCUAUCCAAUCCGAUUUCCCUUCCAGCUUUCUCCCUUUCCUUACCAGUUCCGCCUUUUCCUCCUCCGACUCGUUGCUGCCUCCAUUGCAGGCCGGAGGCAGCGGACUUCCUCGCUCUCUCCCUCCCUUCUUCUGUUCGUUUUCCGCUUUGUUUAGGGUUUCUUCUUUUUCUUCUCCCCUCUAUGGCGCUGAUUUUGGAUGCGUUCUUGGAGAUCUUGCGGCAACCGACGGCGGCCGAUGUCGCUGCGGAGCUCGCGGUAUUCGUCUUCCCCUUCUGGGUUGCCGUCGUCAUGGGCCUUCUGCUGGGAUGGGCUUGGCGGCCUCAAUGGGCCACCGGGCUGGUCGGCGCCGAGAGGCACGAGUCGCCCAUGCAGUUGCUUCCUCGGUCCGAGCCUUCUGCUGCUUCCGUCUCGUUGGCGGCUGAGAAAGCCGACAUCAAUGCCGACGAGAAGAGGGGGAUUUGUAGCAGUAACAAGCCGGUAGUGACUGAGGAGGAUUUAGAACACCUUUUCCGGCUGGUGGAGGAGACUGAUGGGGGGCCAGCGUGGCAGAAGAUGAUGGAAAAGUCUUUGCCAAACAUGGAUUAUCAAGCUUGGAAAAGGGAGCCCGAGACGGGCCCUCCACAGUAUCGUAGCAGCACUAUAUAUGAGGAUACAACUGCAGAAAUACUGAGAGACUUCUUUUGGGAUGAUGAUUUCCGGAUCAAGAAUGGAUGGGAUGACAUGCUCCUCCAGCAUGCUAAAUUGAAGGAGUGCAUGAGCACAGGGACUAUGAUAGUUCAGUGGGUCCGAAAGUUCCCAUUUUUCUGUAGCGACCGGGAGUAUAUCAUUGGCCGUCGCAUAUGGCAGUCAGGACAGACUUACUACUGCAUAACGAAGGGAGUGCCUUGCUCAGAGAUACCUAGGCGCAACAAACCAAGGCGAGUUGACUUGUAUUAUUCGAGCUGGUGCAUUCGUCCAGUUGAAUCAAAAAGAGAUGGCCAGAUGACUGCCUGUGAGAUUCUUCUGUUUCACCAUGAAGAUAUGGGCAUCCCAUGGGAGAUUGCAAAGCUAGGUGUUCGUCAAGGGAUGUGGGGCUGUGUUAAGAGGAUUGAGCCCGGUCUGCGUGCCUACCAAGCUGCCAGGAAGUCCAAUGAACCAUUGUCACGGUUUGCUUUAAUGUCACAAAUCAACUCCAAGUUUGAUGCCGAUCAAUUAAUAUCUAUCGAGAACAGCACUGAUUCAUCAACUGACAUUGAAGAAGCAGAGAAACCAAAGAGCUGGGCAAGUAACAUACCUAGGUUUGUCAUAAUUGGUGGUGCUGUAGCUGUAGCCUGCAGCCUUGACCAUGGUCUUCUGACUAAGGCUGUCAUUUUUGGCGUUGCAAGAAGGUUUGCACGCAUAGGUAAACAAGGAAUUGUAGGAAGAGCUUAGAGGAAUACAUUAAGCAUUUCUACGUAACAAUUAGAUUGUUUUUCACUAACAUCAUCCCUCGUUACUGAGGGUUAGGCAUCAAAAGAUGCAGUAUGAGAGUGAACAUUCAACGUCUUAUUUGGAAAAAAAGUCCAAAUAUGCAGCCAUAUUUUCCCCCGUCCCUUUCAUGUGUUCAUAUUCAUUUCUCUGUGACAUCAAGUAGUAUCAUCAAGGUACAUAACCCUCUAGCUCCCACCCAUCUCUUUUAAAUGUAAGAUUCUAUUGGAAAAUGCUAUUUAAUAACAGGUGAUUGGUUU